UCUCAACUUUCCCCCUUCUUCCUAUCUUCUUCCCUUGAUCUCUUACUUUUCUUCUACCUAAUAACCCCUCCCUUCUUCUUCUUCUUCUUCUUCUACUCCUCCUCCUCCCUCCAACAAUCCCAUAGUUAAAUCUUCCUUCCAUUUCUCAUAGCUAGAGAUUCCAAUAUGGAAGUUGUUGUCCGAGCCCCUCCCGCCGGUGCCGACAUCUUCAACUUUGGUAGCCCUUGCUCCUCCCAUUAUCUUUCUGCUCCUUCUACUCCCUUCUCCUCCCUUAGUGCUCCCACAAGCCCCUCUUCUCUUGGCUUCAACUUCUUCCGCCUCGACCACGAUGUCGACGUUCCAAUCGGCUCUCCCUCUGCUGUUCCCUUCGGCUGGGAGGAGAAGCCCGGCAUCCCCAAGUCCCCCGAUUGCGCCGCCAGUAGUACUGAUCAUGGUUUUGAAUUUCAUUGCUCCCGCCACUCCUUCUUCUCUAAACCUUCCCUCUCCGCCGAUGAGCUCUUCCAUGCCGGCAAGAUCAAGCCGCUCAAACCGCCGCCCGGAUUUCAGUCGAACGUAUCGUCGCCGAAAUCACCGCACAAUCUGAGGCUAUCGCCUCGGAAAACCAAAAGCAACAUCGACACGAAGAACAUCAACGACGAUCCUUUUGAAGCAGCAUUAGUCAAAGAAACUCAUCGCCAAAGAAUCAAUUACGAGCUCAUUGAUUCAAAUAACAACAACGAAAUUAUUAGAGGAAGAACAGACAAAAUUGCAUACAUUUCCUCUAAUUUUGCUCGCAAACAAACUCGGUCUCUUUCCCCUUUCAGACUCUCCUCUGAAUCCGCACUCCACGAAGACAGCACCAGAAAAUCAAAAUCGUCGUCUUUUUUGUCGGCAAUUUCAUUUUCGAAGACCAAUAGGAAAUGGAGGCUUAGAGACCUGUUGUUUCGCAGUGCGUCGGAAGGUCGGGCGACGGAGAAAGCCGAUAAUCUGAGGUCUACAUACGUUGUAAUGUCGGAAAAAUUGGAUGACGAUAUGAAAAUUUCAAGUUUCCGGUCAGAGGACAGUGGCGGUUCCAGAAUGCGUUUUACAGCGGCGAACCGGGCAGUUUCUGAGGAGUUGAAGAAGAAGAGUUUUUUGCCUAAUAAACCGAGCUUCUUGGGCCGUUGCUUGCGGUUUAACCGGUCCGGUAUGCAGGAGAUUUCUAGAGGAAUUGGGUCAUUGACACGUGGAUGAACCGGCAAUAUUUUUUUUUUUUCAAUUUAAAUUUUUACUUUUGGUUCGGAAUGCUCAAUGUAAGAAGUAAUGUUCUUUUUGUCGGUGUUUGAAACAUAAAUAAAUUAAUGAUUAUUGAGAAUUUGGUUGAAGAUGUAAGAAAUUGAAGAUAUAUAUGAAUAAUAACAAAGAAAGCUUUUUUUUUUU